CAGACUCUAGACCUGUUUAUAUGACUGUCGCAGCUUAACUAUAAAGAAGUUCACGUGAGAACUACGUACAAAAUCGUUGACAGAUAUAAGCGCCUCUGCCCACAUAAUUAAGAAACUCACGGGUCGAUUUUCCGUACAUCAACAUCCUUAUAGUGCUGUCAGUCUCGUUUGGUCCUGUCAGCUGGUGAAGAAGGGGAGACUGGAACGAUAAAAAUGUCGUUCGCUGAGAAAAUAUCGUCGAUUAUGCAAAGACCAGGACAGGACCCUGUUGCCAAGGACGAUGUACCUUGGUGGAUGAAGUAUGCUGGACGAGGACUCGGCACCGUGGGUAGUAUAAUUGCAAUUAUUCUUGGAGGAUGGAAUUGUUUAUCAAUUCUGAUGGGUUCGGUAGAUUGCCUAAUAAGUGGUAUGUGGCAAAUGGUGGCUGGUUUUAUAGUUGCAACAAUAGAAGCACCAUGUUGCUGUCUAUUUAUUGAUUAUGUACAAAAUUUAAGUGAUUGGGUGGAAAAGAGACCAUAUUGGAAUAGAGCAGCUGGAUAUUGUAUAAUGGCAAUUCCUUCAGUCCUCCUUUGUUUUGGAAUGAGUAGCUUAUUUGGCAGUGGUCUAAUAUUUGCGACAGGUGUAAUAUAUGGACUAAUGUCACUUGGGCGAAAGGCACCACUUCGUGAAAUGAGAUCAGCAGCGACGAAUAUCGAGGUUCCUUCAUCAAGUAUGCAAGCUACACUUGUUGAAAAUGCUCAACCAAUGAGUUUUACCAAUAGACCAGAUAGUAAUGUUUAAAUUCACAACAUUAAUUGGCAAAAGAAUUCAUUUUCUGGUAUGAAUGGUGAUGAAUGUUGACUUGGUAAAAUAUUCAAUAAUUGAGCCUAUGAAUAUGCAUUGUUUGAAGCACUUAUUAUUUAGUCCUACUAAUAUUCUAAUCUUAUCAUCUUCAAUUUAUGAUACUGUAAAUCGCUUAUAUUAUUUGUGCUGAUAUAUAGGUGAAGUAGUUAGGUCAUUUUUUCCUUUUCAUACAUAAUUUUUAAUUUAGUUUCAGUUGUGGACUUCGAUAUCAAUAGAGUACUAGUGAUAUUAACACAUUAUUUACUAAACCAUUAUUAUAUAUAUAAAAGUUACAUUAUUUCAGUUUUUUAUUUGAAAUAAUGCCAAAGUUAAAGACUGCUAUAGAAAUUAUAUUCUGAUAAUAUUCAUAGGCUUGAUUUCUUGUGCUCCUACUUGUCUAUUGUGUGUCAUAAUGUUCAUAAAGAAUGAAAUUGGUGAGGAAAAAAUAAUCUUACGUUAGUUGAUUUUGGAUGUAGUUAUCUAUUUAAAUUUUACAUUUUAAAUUGAUGAAGUGUAAUAUUUUGAACUAAAAUAACACUUCCAAAAUCAAAAUAUCCUAAGACUUUAAGACGAAUCAUUCAUAAGUUAUAGAAGGUGGACGAGUCAUAACAUGUAAGCUUUAUUUUCAUUUAUUCAUGUAUUGUAUACAUAUAUAUGUGGGAUAAGUCAUAUAGUUAGAACAAUCCUCCAUUUGUUUAUUAUUUAGGAUAAAAAAUUAAUCUAUAAAUUAAGAAUUGAUCUAAAUCCAAUAAUAUUGCACUUCAUUUUUUUCUAGAAAAACAGCAUUAUAUAUAUAUU